GUUAGUUGAAGCUGCGGCAUGACGGAGAAGGCGGCGCCACCACAACAACAACCACCACCACCGUCGAAACCUCUGACACAUCAGGAAUGGGAAACCCUAAUGGAAGAGUUCCAGUGCGGUGCCUCUCUAUAUCAUCUGGUGGAUAUCCUUCUCUCCACUCUUCUCCGCAAGGAUUUCCCUCUCUCUCUCAAGCUCCAACUCCUCGUCUUCCUCCACGAAUUCUCCGAUUCGUUCUUCUCCGACCUUGACAAUGAACAUCACCAACAACUCGACCGUCUCAUCGACACUCUCCGAACCGUCGUUCACGCGCCUCUCGACGGCGUUCACAUCACUCCCGCAUUCAAGGAACAAUUCAUGGUUUCCGUUACGUCCAUUCUCAUAUGCCUAUCUGAAUCUGAAAACAAGGUUCAAACGGAGAGCUUGGUUGAAUUGCUGUUGACGGUUAUUAACCGCCCUAAUUUCGGGUCGGAUCGGCAAACCCGAUCCAUUGCUUGCGAAUGCCUAAGGGAAUUGGAGCGAUCCAAACCCGGUUUGCUUUCCGAUGUGGUUGGCCACCUCUGGAGUCUUUGCCAGAACGAACGAACACACGCUUCACAAUGCUACAUCUUGCUCUUCACCACAGUGAUCCACAACAUCGUGGAUCGGAAACUCAGUGUCUCCAUUCUCAACACCUCCGUUCCAAUGGUUCCUUUCAAUAUGCCGCAGUGGGUGAAUUCGGGUUCAAGUUCGGGUUCGGGUUUGAAUCAGAAGGAGUUGAGGAGGGCGUUGUCGUUCUUGCUUGAAUGGCCACAAGUGAUGACUCCUUGUGGGAUGAUGGAGUUUGUGUCUAUGAUAAUACCUGUGGCUGUAGCAUUGGAAUUGCAGCCAUCCAUGCUCAAGGUGCAGUUUUUUGGAAUGAUUCGUUCCUAUGACCCCAUCUUGUGCCAUGUUGUUUUGAUAAUGUAUUUGCAUUUCUUUGAUGCUUUUGAUGGUCAAGAGGGAGAGGUUUCCCGCAGGCUCUUGUUGAUUUCAAGAGAAUUGCAGCAUUAUUUGGUGUUUCGCUUGCUCGCUGUUCAUUGGUUGUUGGGUUUCAAUCAAUUGAUUUUCAGUAAAAAUGUUUUGAAGACUAAGCCUGUGAUGAUUGAAGCUUGCUCCACCUUUUAUCCAGCUUUGUUUGAUCCACUGGCUUUGAAAGCCUUGAAGCUUGACCUUCUUGCAUUUUGCUCGGUGUGUGUUCAUGCCUUGAGACUGAAAAGUAGUUCUGAUUCCCAUCAGGAGGAUGACUUCGUUAAUCCGGUGAAGCUGUUUGAAGACGGUCUCGUUUCUGUCUCGUCUUUCAAAUGGUUGCCUCCGGGGAGCACAGAGAUUGCCGUUGCUUUCCGUACCUUCCAUAAGUUUCUGAUUGCUGCAUCUUCUCAUUUAGACAAUGAUCCUUCUACUACAAGAAAUCUGUUGGACUCCACGAUAUUCCGCACUUUACAGGGGAUGCUUGUUAACAUUAUGUUGGAGAGUAGGAGACUGGUUCCUGUUGUUGUUGCUUUUGUCGACCGAUUACUCUCCUGUCAAAAGCAUUCUUGGUUGGGUGAGUGCUUACUUCAGAAAUUUGAUGAGCACUUGCUUCCAAAUGUGAGAAUGGAUUAUAAAAUGGUUUAUUGCUUCCCAAUAUUUGAUAGAAUUGCUGAAAAUCAGACAAUACCUCCGCGUGGAUUGUUAGAGCUCCUCACAAACUUCAUGAUUUUCCUAGUGGAGAAACAUGGCCCAGAUACAGGGAUGAAAUCUUGGUCCCAAGGAAGCAGAGCUCUUGGAAUUUGUCGAACGAUGUUGAUGCACCACCAUAGUUCUAGAUUGUUCCUCAGACUAUCUCGUCUACUUGCAUUUACUUGUCUCUAUUUUCCUGAUUUGGAAGUUCGCGAUAAUUCAAGGAUCUACUUGCGUAUGCUGGUCUGCAUUCCAGGAAAGAAACUCAGAGACACCCUGAAUCUGGGGAACAUGAUCCUUGGAAUUUCACCAUCUUCACACCCAACCUCUUUUUUCAAUGUUCAGUCACCUCGACCUUCUCAGAAAUUCAAGACAUUUAAAAACUUAUCAUCCUGCAUUCACCUUGAGCGGCUGAACCCAUUGCUUGUUAAACAGUUUUGGUCUUUGUCAUUUGCAAAUUUAGUUGUAAGUAACAGCAAGCCUGCUUAUCUGGAGGGCAUCAGGGACCUAGAAGUCCCUGUUGAGGAAAAGGAAUUUUCUGACAGGUCCAAUACACAAAUCAUUCCUGAAACUGGAAGAAUGAAUCAGCCUCAAGAGCUGCUCCGUGUUAUGGAUUCUAAAGUUGCAGGAAUAUUGAACACAUUGAGGAAGUACUUUUCUUGUAUUCCUGACUUCAGAUUUAUGCCAGGACUCAAAGUUAGAAUAUCAUGCAGUUUGAGGUUUGAAUCUAGUACUUUCAAUCGCAUGUUGGGAAUCGACAACACUGCCACAACGUUGGAAGAGAUAGAUGCUCUUCCUGCUAUAUAUGCUACUGUGUUAAAUUUCUCGUCUUCUGCACCAUAUGGACUGAUUCCAUCCUGUCAUAUACCUUUUCUUCUUGGUGAACCUCACAGUCAAAAUGUCUCCCUAAGUAUUGUUCCUGUUGGAAAAGAUUCCAAAGAAGAGGAAAAAUAUAGAGCUACUUUUGUAAUUGAUUUGGAGCCGAGGGAACCGACACCAGGUAUAGUUGAUGUUUACAUUGAAACAAAUGCAGAAAAUGGUCAGAUCAUCCAAGGUCAACUACAGGGAGUCACAGUGGGCAUAGAAGACAUGUUUCUCAAGGCGAUUGUCCCAUCAGACAUCCUAAACGAUGCAAUACCUCAAUACAACUUUGACUUGUUCACUGCGUUAUGGGAGGCAUGUGGCUCAUCCUCCAACAUUGGACGGGAGACCUUUCAAUUGAAAGGGGGCAAAGGGAUUGCUGCCAUCAGUGGAACUCAUUCUGUAAAGCUUCUUGAUGUCCCUGCAACCUCUUUGAUCCAGGCAACUGAGCGCUAUCUGGCACGCUUUGUUGUAGGUGUGAGUGGGGAGCCACUUAUUGAUGUUGUAUGGGAAGGAGGAAUCAUUCAGAAUGUCAUUUGGGAAGAUGCUUCCCCUGAUGCUACUUCGGUUACUAAUCUUAAUACUAGUCCACUCCGACUUACUUACAAUGAUGAAGAGUAUGAGAAGGGGGGUAGUAGCAAUAGCAGUAAAAGAAAUCUGGGCUGUUUUCUUGUUCUAAUAUUUCUUCCACCGCGGUUUCAUCUCCUUUUCCAAAUGGAAGUUGGUGAUCUUUCAACUUUAGUUCGUAUUCGUACAGAUCACUGGCCUAGCUUAGCCUACAUUGAUGAUUAUUUAGAAGCUCUUUAUCUGUCAUAAGAGCUUUCGUUUCUCCUAACAUUGAUGACUGCAUAAAGAUUAAUAAUCCACAAUCAGAUAGUGGCAAUGUAUGUCUUUUUUUCUUUUGCAGUAUAUAGUUUGUUCACGCUAAGUCUGAGCUGUACAAUAAGAACUCAUUUUUGCUUUCUAUGCAUUUUAAGAUAGAAACUUCUAAAAAAUUUAGAUUGUGUGCGUGUGUGUGUAUAUAUAUAGAUAGAUAGAUAUAGAUACAAGCAGUUUUAUAGCUUGACAGUGGUUUGGUUUUAAAGCUUUUUUGUCUAGUUCAGUAGUGUUAAUUUAGAGGCUUAUGGAUGGAACAAAUGCGAAUUUCCUACUACUACCAUUUCUUUCAAUCUAGCUCUUGAAGCUUGGCUGAAUUUGUAAUUUUUGAAUAAAUGAGUUUUCUAAAUUCAUGUUGUCAACCCCAGCUAGUGGAAAAGGCUUUUUUGUUGUUGUCCUAAAUCCCGCUGCUGGAUUAU